AUGGACUUCCGAAGCAGAAGAGUUCAAUUUCUGUUUUUAGCUAUCGGAAUCGUCGUUCUCAGUAUGACGGCUGAGAAAUGUAGAGAGCUUGUUGGAGAAGAAGCUGCAUCAAAGAGUGGACAGUUUACAUUCUUGAACUGCUUCGACAUGAGCUCAGGAACCGUAGCCUGCGCGGUUAAAGAAGGCGUGAAGCUCUACUUCUACAACAUAAGAUCCAUCCACGUCGAGAGAGCCCGAAACGUAGCCAUCGAGAAAGCCUUGCACGAGGCGUUGGGUAAAGGCAUGGCUGCAACGGAGACGGCCAAAGAAGCGCAGAGAGCGGGCGAGAAAGCGGCUAAACUUGCGACAAGGCAAGCGAAACGGAUCAUAGGACCGAUUGUUGCGUCCGGUUGGGAUUUCUUCGAGGCGCUUUACUUUGGAGGGACGUUGACUGAAGGGUUCUUGCGUGGGUGUGGGACUUUGGUUGGUGCUUACUCAGGAGGGUAUGUUGGUGAGCAGAGGUUUGGUCGGUUUGGUUAUCUUGUUGGGAGUCAUUUAGGGAAUUGGAUCGGCGCAAGGGUUGGUUUGAUGGUUUAUGAUGUUGUGAAUGGUGUACACUUCUUCAUUGAGACUUACCAAUCUGGUGAAAGUAUUGUGGAUCAGUCUAGUUAUGGAACUUCUGAGGAUCAGUCUACAUUUGAAACUUCUGAGGACAAGUCUACAUAUGGAACAUCUGAGGAUCAGUCUACAUAUGGAACUUCUGAGGACAAGUCUGCAUUUGAAAGUUCUGAGGAUCAGUCUACAUUUGAAACUUCUGAGGAUCAGUCCACAUAUGAAACUAAGAGUUAUGAGCUUUAG